CUUUCGUCCCGCACCUUGUCGGAGACCGACGCGCCCCCCAUCUCCGCCCUCCGCUCCUCCUCCUCCCCUCCCGUCCCCUCCCGCUCUCCAGUCCACCUCACGCUCACACUCCCUCAGCCGCCAUCCUACUGCCUUCCCUCCUCCUCAUCUUCCUUGCGGGGGCGGCAACCAGGCCACAGGCGGCAGACUGACGCCGCGCACCUGCUCCCACUCCCGCUCACGCUCCUCCCACCGCGCCACCAAAAUAAAAGUAGCCGUUGCGGCGUCGCGUCGGCGAGCACAGCACAGCGGCUCGGCUGCAUGAGGGGGCGGCUGCGGAGGCCGUGACGAGGAGGCGGAGAACGAUGCCGCUGGUCAGGUUCGAGGUGCGGAAUGAGGUGGGGCUGGGGGACCCCGGCCUCUACGGCGGCGGAGCCGCUGCAGCCGGGGCCGCCGCCGUGGCGGGGAACAGGGGAGCCACUGCCUCCGCCGCCGCCGCGGGGGAAGAGGAGCCCAAGGCGCUGCUCGAGGGCGUCGCCGUCGCGGGGCUCGUCGGGAUCCUGCGCCAGCUCGGAGAUCUCGCGGAAUUUGCGGCUGAUGUUUUCCAUGAUCUACACGAGCAAGUUAUAGCUACGUCUGCCAGGGGUCGUAAGGUGCUGACUCGAGUACAGAACAUUGAAGCAGCACUUCCAUCUCUUGAAAAAGCUGUGAAGAAUCAGAAGAGUCACAUACAUUUUGCCUAUGUUCCGGGCUCUGAUUGGCACACUCAGCUUCAAAAUGAGCAAAAUCACCUGCUAGCGAGUGAUCUGCCUCGUUUUAUGAUGGAUUCCUAUGAAGAAUGCCGAGAUCCACCACGGCUUUACCUUCUCGAUAAAUUUGAUACUGCUGGCGCGGGGGCUUGUGUAAAGAGAUAUUCUGAUCCAUCCUAUUUCAAGAAAGCAUGGGAUAUGACGAGAGCAGACAAAACUGCUAAUCUACAAAGAGAAAAGAGAUCGCAGAAAAUUAAGAGAAAAGGAUCACGACUAAGGGAGCCAUAUCAUGGGCAAGCCACAUCUAGGCAUAGGGGCACUGAAUUUCAGCGAUCACUUACUGCUGGCCAACUUGUUAACAGCAGGCAGUUUGCAUCUCCCAGCAACGAUGGUCAGAGCAUCUCAGAGCAUAGGUCUACACCUGACGCAAGAUCUAAUCCUGACAAUAUAAGCAGAUCUUCUUCUCUUAGUUCGAAGACACAACUGAGUUCAGUAGAACAAGCUUUUGAUGCAAAACCUUCUGCAGUUCCUCACGAGAAUGGCCAUGGCAAGUCAUUGGAUACUAAGUUGCAAAAGCCUGGUGGUCUGCCUUCACGCAUACUACUUAAUGGCACCAGCGUGGAUGAUCAUAGUGACUAUUUGAAGCAUUGUUCCCAGGCAGGUGAUAUGGUUCCUAGAUCACCUCAUGUUAAAUGGGAUGAAAAGGCUGCAAUUAUCAUGUCUACAAGUUCUGUCUACUGUGACGAUAUUGUUAUGGAUAAGGCUGAAGAUGCAGAACCUACAUGUAUUAGCUCUGUGCAGAAAGAAACUGGCCAUAAGGUAAUGGAUGCCUUGGAGCAGCAAGAUGCCUUACUUAAAAAGACAAAAUCACUGUUAGUGCCAUCAGUCUUGAACCACCAUGAUGACAUUCCAGGAGAAGCCGACAACUACAUGGAUGCACUUAAUACACUUGAAUCUGAGACAGAAACUGAAUCUGAAUUUCAAACUAAGAAUCAAGGGGUGCCAGCACCUUCCUUCAAUGCUGAAGCACCUCAAGUGGGGGCAAUUGAUAAUAUUGUUCCACAGUGUCCCGAUUCCUAUGUUGCUGAUUUUACUGACACAUGUCAAGAAUCUGGUAUUCUUUGUGCUUCAGAAAGAGCAAUUGAUUUUCCCAGUUUGUCAAAUGCAGAUUCUCUUGAGGUCUCACAACUAGAAGUUUCAGACUAUACAUCUGUAAGUCCCUAUAGAGAGUCAUCUGUCACCACUAAUAUCCAUGAGAGUGGUGCAGAGGGUGCUCGCGAAGAUCCUUGUGAGAUUAUAGAGCCUCUGCAGGUCCAUUCAGCCAUACUUCCCAAUGAUGGAUCCCCUGUUUGCAAUGAAAUACCCAAGAGUAAGCCAGACGAUGAUCUUGGGUACUUUCCCGAGAUUCCUCAACCAGGUUUCUCCACCUGUUUGGUUAUUCCGUCCAAUAAAGAGUCUGCUGUUGCCAACGAAAACCUUGAAAGUGAUGCAGAAAGUGUUGGUGAUCUUAUUGAUGGCAAUAAUUUUGUAUCAGGACCUAACAUUGCCAACAUGGUAGUUGAUGAGGUGGGUUUCAAGAUGGCACCUGCUGAUAAAAGUUCACCUGGUGAUCACUCUGAUGACUCAUGUGUUAUUCCUGAAAGUAGGACUCAGGAUUAUGCUGGAAAGAGCCAUGAGGGAGUUGGUGAUUGUGGUGUGAUUGGAGUGUCUGAAUUAUGUAGUGAGCCUCUUAACAAAUCAUCAGGUAAUAUAUGUGCAACUCAAGAUGUUCCUACAAAUACGUCUACUAUGUCUGCUGGUGCCAGUGAAGUGUCUAGUUCGUGGAGUGAGCCUGCAACUCAAGGUGUUCCUGCAAAUGCCUCUACCACGUCUACUGUUGUACCAUCUGUUAAACUCUGGACAAAUGCUGGGCUCUUUGGACUUGAACCAUCUAAACCUCCAGUAUUUGGUGCCCAAGAUGGUCCAAGGGAGGAUACUCCACCUGGUUUUAAAGAAGCUCAACCAGUCCAUUCAACUGAAUUCACAGAACUGCACUGUUCAAAGCCGACUGAAUCAGCAGUUGUAGAUGUUCCAAAUGGAAACACGACAAUUACCAGCAGCUUUGUGGAAAAGCUUGUUGGUAUCCGUCCUGGUUCUGCAAACCUCAAUAGCUCAGGGGCCAAUCAAUCAGCAGCCAGAAUACCCGAUCCAAUUCAUAGUCAUGCAGAUGGGCACUCAGAUUUUUCCUCAUCCUUUGAGCACAAUAACAUGUCUGGCAAACAUACUUCAAUAAGUGAGCUUCUAGAAUCUGAAGGAAGUGCUGAAACUGGCACCGGAAUAUACUCAACUGACAUGAGUAAUAACGUGCAUAUGGUGUCUGCAUCAAGCUUUUCAAGCAUUGCACAAAGAUUUCUUGCUAAUACACUUCAGAGAAGAACUUCUUCCAAAUAUACUGAUCUUCCUAUGUCAUCUGAGAGGGCGAAUGCUGAUACAAGUGCAAAAGAUGAAUCUACUAUAAAUCCUGUUGAAACGGUAUUUGCAGAGGAAACUAAGUUUGAGAACAAAACAGAAAAUGGAAUGGAUGGAUUAACCAAAUCAUCAAUCUUUUCUAGCCGCCAUUACUCUGAGAAAUCGUCUCCACCACUUGAGUACAUGAAAAUAUCUUUUCACCCUAUGAGUGCAUUUGAGACGUCAAAGCUGAACCUAGAUUUCUGUGAUGGCAAUCUUCAUGAAAUUUCUGAUGAUAUGAUGUUACCAACAUUUCAGUUACUUUCAGAGUCUUCCAUUCCACAGCCAGGCAGUGGUUCUGAGUCUGAAGAUGACACUUUUGGUAGGUCAUAUAGUUAUUCUUCAUAUGAUGAUCUGAGUCCACGACUAUAUUCAAACUCUGAGGCGUGGGAUCAAGAAGAUGGAGUUGGGCUGGAGGAACAUGAGUUGUAUGAUGAUUCAAAUCCGAUAGGAUCCUCAACAGCACCUUUAUCUAGCUACAUGGGAUUCGAGCAGAUGAACUUAUCUGGCAUGAAGUCAGAUGAUUCACUUGCAAAUGUUGGGGAUCAGAAUGUAAUAGGCACUUUAGAAUCCUCCUGUACUGUUGAAGAACUUCCAAACUUUGACACAUUGAUGUCCAGAAGCGAUGAUCAAAAUGGUGAAACCUCCAUUCCACAUAAUCCGGUGAAUUUGCUACCAGAUGAAGAUCAGUUGCCACCACCACCUCCUCUUCCCCCAAUGCAGUGGAGGAUGACAAGACAAACAACUUCACUAGAAGAGGAAACAUGCAUUACAGCUAAAGAUAUGCUUAGGAAAACUUCAAGCCUACCACAUAUACACACCUCUGCCCAGGAAGAACACCUUCCUCCAACUGCACCACUGGAUCUACAAGGCAAUGCUAAGGAAGUGGAUGUCCAGAAAACUGGUGGAGUAAGAGAAAUUACUAAUCCUCCUAGUAUCAUUGAUAUAAAGUCAAGUUUGCUUCAGCAGAUCAGGGAUAAGACAGAACAGCUGAAGCUUAAUAAUGGACAUGAAAGGUCAAAAAAAGCAGUAGGCGGUGACAUUAAAAGCUUGGACGAGAGGGAGGAGUUGCUUCAGCAAAUCAGGAGCAAGACCUUCAAUUUAAGACGAACAAAUGCAUCUAAGACAGAUGGCUCAUCACAAUCUACAGCCAAUUCCAACGUUGUAGCAAUUUUGGAGAAAGCAAAUGCUAUCCGGCAGGCUGUGGCCAGUGAUGGUGGCGAUGAUGAUACAUGGAGUGAUAUAUGACCACCUAACUGCAGACGUGCAUUGUAGUCUUUUCCUGUAUAUUCAACUAUUACAAGAUGAAGUGAGAAAAAUGUGAAUAACAUCUUUUUCUUCAUUGUAAUUAGGUUUUGCAGGUCUUGUUCUGUACCUUUCUUAGUUCAUAUUAGUGUAUUCUACCGUAGGUCUCUAUGGUUGUGGAAAUGGCAGACCAUUUUCCACAUUAUGUAAAUGUGUCUUUAUUAUUUAUUUAUGAUAGUGAGAACAGCUGAUAAAAAUAAGCAUACUAAUCUAUCUUUUUAUCAUUGUAUUGAUUUUUUUUACAAUGAUAAUAAGAUGGAGCAUGAUGUUGCAACAAGUUGUCCUUUUAGCUGCCAUCAA